AUGAUGACGAUGGUGACGGCGUCGUCAUUGGCUGCAUCAAAAGCCAUCUACGAUACAAAGGUUCUGAACAAGAUACCACAUGCGAUGUCACUCCAUUCAUGGGUUGGUCUUGCGGCCAUUCUUGGCAUCGGCGGUCAGGAACUUUUAUUUACAGUAUACCUUCGCGUUCGCCUGCUUCGUCUGCCCAACCCUUCCGCUGAGAUUUCGUCAGCUCUACGUGCCCUUCCACCAAGCGGGUGCUGCUGGACUAAAGGACACAAACUUUGUGACCAGCAGAUCAUCUCGAAUCUUCUCGGUGUCACUGUAUUCUUCUACGCACCAACUGCUUUGAUCCUAGUAGCAAAUCCUAGAUGGAAGCGCAGCCGAUUGCCAGAAGAAGUGAGACCCGCCAUCGAAACCAAGAUUCUUGAAGAGAAACAAAUUUGUAUUGCUAUUGUCUAUUGUUCCUGGUAUCCAAGGGACCACCCUAAAGCGACCGAGCAUUUGAGACGAUUCAACCGUAGAGUUCGGUGUCAAACAGCUGCAAUGGCGACGAAGUGGCUUGCAUUCCUGUUGUUCUUCAUCCAGGUAGACUACCUUUCGUGCUGCGUUUUUGACAAAGUCAAUGUGGUCAACAUUGGCGAUACCCAUUUAGACGGUUUUGCAGAUAAGAAUAAGUGCUUUGCUGCCUGCUACGCAAACAAGGAAUGCUCCACAGUAGUGGUUUACAAAAAAAACAAUAGAUGCGACCUCUUAGUUAAAGGAGAAGAUUCAAUCGACUGCGCGGACGAUAAGCUAGAAUGUUACGUACUUCAGCGCGACGAGGUGGACCCAGUGUGCAAAACAUUCGUGAACUUUUGA